AUGUGGACCGUCCUGAUCGCUGGAUUUUGCACGGUUGCUGCCACUGUUGCACAGGAUUACGAGGUCUCUGACAUUCAGUGCAGCGGCGCAGGAUCAGCGGCCGAUCUGCUGACAGCGAAGAUCAAAAGGCCAGUUGGCUUUAGAGGUGCGCCGCUCUUUGCCGACGACAGAUCCGCCAAUCCUCUCACCGACAUUCACUGCCAGAUCAGGCCAGAUCCCAACGAUCCUCAGGAAGAUAACUACUUCCUUAAGGUGACUGACUUCACCAGAUGCGGCAUCCUGAAGAGAAACGGUUUCAUUCACCUGCGAAUAUGGUUCCCGGCGUUCCCUGGAGUUGUAAUGCUGGCUGAUCAAGAAUUGAUCCUGAUGUGUCGACCACCUGAGCCCACGUUACUCCGACACAAAGCCGCUGGUUUUGCUGGAACCUUUCCGCAUGGAGCGAGGGUGUCAGGAGUGGUCGAAGAGACACCGGGUCGUCUGGAAUACGAAGUAGCCCUUUAUCGGGAGGCUACUGGCAAUGUAUCAGAUGCAUCGGGAUCGCAAACGGUCGAUCAAGCGGUUCCCAUCGGUACAAAGCUUCAGCUGAGAGCUCGAAUCAGCCCGGACAGCGCAUGGGGAUACAUUAAGCUGUUGGAGGUGACCGUUAGCCCCGAUCCCGAUCAACCUCACGCACCAGGAAGUGUCGUGCUGGUGAAGGACGGCUGCAGAAAUCGGGAUUUCGCGUCGAUAAUUCCUCAUCAGCCGGCUCGUUACAGGGAGAGAAAGAACGAGGUUUUCUUGGAUUUCGAGGCCUUUCUCCUCAGCUCCAUGAGGGAAAGAUCCACACUAUGGAUCCAUUCUCAGAUCAAGGCAUGCAUGGAACCACAGGACUGUCAACCGGAUUUUUGUCUGGAUCUGUUCGAGCCAUCAGGACACGGGAAGAGAAGAAAAAGAUUUUUAGAAGAAACAGCGAACGAUUUUCUUCCCAGGGUCGAACGUUUAAUAAAAGAGUACAACGAUUCGACCCCUUACACGAAAUUUAAAGAAAACAUCGAGUACACGGUGAUGAUGCCCGAUGAAUUGUAUCAAAAAGUGGCUGCUGGAUUGGACAAUAGUUGCGGUAGUUUCCUUUACGUCGCGACCGGUUUAGGUGCGCUUUUAGUAUUAUCAGCUCUUAUCAUGUGCUACUUGGCUACACGUCUUCACAAUAUAUCAACGACAAUACCACAGAACAAAACGAUCGACGAGUUGAUACGAGAUCGUGCUAGGAAAUAUUCUGAAACGACGCCCGGUUAUACUGGCCGAUCAACGGUGCAAUAGUAAAUUAUCGCGGACGCUGCGCAUUAUUACGCUCAAUCAAAAUGAUCCCGCAGGUCUAGCAUAGCUAAACGAGAUACCAAAAUUGCUGAUAACGCGAGCAAGCGAAGCACAGUAAUCGCUUAUCCAGCAAAAUUAUAUUUUUACACCGGUGAAUUUGUUCGUAAAUUUAAUUACAGAGCUCCAGUAUAAUAUAUUUAUUUUUAGAACGAAUUUACUAGGAUCUUGAUAGAUUUAGCGUAUAAGCAGGCUACAAAGAUCACAAUAAUAAAUUCACACUGAUUUGUAGACAUUAACGAAAUGAUAAAACUUCACUGUUCUCUCUAAUCGCUCACCUUGCACGUUUCAUACAAACAAUCGCACGGAAAAAUUCAUAUUCUUUUAUUUUACAGUCAAUAUUUAAAACUGUACUAUUCUCUCUCUCUCUUUGUCUCUCAUUGUCAAUGUAAUUGUUACUGAUAAAUUUAUUGAACGUGCAGUGCUAUUACGUGACCUGAAUCAGUGCGUAUGUAAUCUCUAGCGGUAAUAAUUAGAUUAAUUGUAGGAUAAUUAUCUUAGGCCCGUUGCAAUUAAUGACAAUGUAUCGGGUUUUCCGCAGGUGGUUGUAUAACUUUGACUUAUUGUAUAUACACAGUAGAAUAUUAUUAUUUAUUAUUUAUAUAACAAAACCUUGAUCAUUUAAGGACUUCAACUAAAUACUCCUUAAUUGAUCAACUGAACAUAUAGGUAAAUAAAUACAAUCAAGUAUUUAAUUAUACAUAUGAACGCGUGCAAUAAUUAUUCACCGCCGUAUUUUUAAAGUAUUUUUGCUUUGUAGAAAAUACAACAUUAUGUAGCAUAUUAUAUUGUUGCAUUUCUAUACAUACAUAACGCAGCGUGUUUCAAAAAUGUAGUUUAAAAAGAUUAUACGUUGAUCAGCUUGAUCAAAAAUUGAAAUAUGAAAAGCAUAAUUUCUACAUUAAAAGUAGCUAAUGUUGCACGCAUAUACAUAUACAGUAUCGAGCAUGGUAGAUUUGCCAGAUUUUCUCUUCCCUGAGCUCCUGAUACAUUGAUGAUGUAUCGUCAUUUUGACAAUGACAAUGGCUAUAUCAUUAUUUUCCUUCAGAAAGUCUACUUUACUCCAUACUUUACAAGAGAAUGAAAAUAAAUACAUGACACUAUAUGUACAUCAUAUGUACAAUAAAACUUUGGCUUUGGUUAAUGUGAUUAAUUUAUGCUUAAAUAAGAAUAAUGUAAUAGUAAUGUUACAACAAGUGGCACUUAUUAAUUGUUUCAUAUCUGUAUCUUCCGUAAAAAUGGUUUCAAGAUAAUCAAAAUUAAUGAAUAUAGAAGUUUAAUUAUCCUUCAAAUGACUCUAUAAUCUGAAACAUAGCAUUGUUUUAUCUCAUAAAUAAUCAUGAGAAAUUAUCGUAACUUCAUUUUAAUUUG